AGUGCAGUGCAGUGCACCUGCAGAGUUCAAGAAAACAACACUUUAAUAAACAAAUCCAAUUACAACAGAGCAUCCAGUGGGUUGACCGCCGGUUCGAUUGCAUUCCGUUUCCGUCUUUCCAACUAGUCCAGCAUUUCAAACAGCAAUUAAAAUGACAAAGCUGAUGGAAUGGUUGAUGGCUGCGGUGGCGUUUUUCGGUGUGUAUUUGGCCAUCGUUUGUCGGCAGGUGAAGCAUGAUGUGUUCGAUCAGUACAUGUUAGAGAUUCAACUGUCUCCGCUGAUACUGCUGGUCCUAUUUGGGCUUUACUCGGUUACGGUGGUGCUGUAUCGGACGCUUACCUUCAACAACUGCGAGGAAGCCGCCAAGGAACUGCUGGAACAGAUCAAGGAAGCCAAGAAGGAUUUGCGGAGUAAGGGGAUGGUACUCAGCGAUUAGAUUUGUAGAUUAUUUUUAAUGUUCUGAGCUAGGAUUUUGAAUGGAUAGGAAUACAUUUGCUGGCAACAUUUUAAAUUGUAUGAUUUUAUGGUCCGGGAAGUAUUUAUUUA